UGAAAAAGGUUUUUAAACAACUGUUAGAAAUUAAAAAUAUGGUAAAGGAUCUUCAAAAUAUUUCUUCCGUUGUAUCCGAAGAUCUGCAAAUAAAUGCAUUGAGUUCAAUAGAACAACUUAUUGAGCUAGAUACUACGUUAAAUGACAGUGUCAUUUUUUCUAAAUGGCAGGUAUCGCAGAUAGCGAAAAUUGGUGGAGUCAACUUAAAAGAUAAUGUAAAACGUGUUAUUGAGCGGCUGUUAACAAUUGAGUUGCGCUGUUUGUUAAACAUGAAGGGGCAAACCGAUUUCACAAAAAAAUCUAAACAAAAGUUGGCUUUUUCAAAGACAAAAUUGUAUUGUGUUUUAGUUGAGAGUGUCUCAAAAAGAUACCCAGAUGAAGCAGGGAUAUAGGAAGCUGUAAAAUCAAUUCUGAAAUAUUCGUCAAUAAAUGUUUGUAGAAAGCAGAUUUCGAAA